AAGUCUGCUGCAGACAGCGAGUGGGAAGACAAGGGCCGCGACAGUACUGGGAAGAACGGAGAGACACAAGAAGUGAGGAUUGCUACGGAGCAUCUCUUGAAUCGUCCACUGCAGGUCCUCCUCCAAGAACAAGAAACAGGCACAUGGCCCUUUAUCUUCCACCCAGGUCUGCGAGCUGGAGCGAUGCUUCACUGUCGGAAGUACAUCACAGGGCACGAGCGGGAGCAGCAGCUCGUGUCCAAGCUGCACCUCACCGAGACCCAGGUGACUAAUGGUUCAAGAACAGGCACCACAAGAAAAAGAGGCAGCAACAAAGCGAUGCCA